UUUUUCUUUUCACACAACUGGGGAUGAAUUAAAAAGUACAUUGUUCAUUAAAAGUCCAGUCAAAUUAAAGUCUCUAUUCGACCAAUCAAAACAUAACAAAUCAUGACAGUUGACAACGAAUGACAUUACACGUUAACCUCAAAUAAAUAUAAAUGUUAAUGUUUUACGUGUUUUACAAUCAGAUUUCGCUUAAAAUUAUCAAAACAUGAGUUUGCAAACGUUCCUCUUCAUUUCCGUGUUAGUAAUGUGCUGUUGUAUCGUUGCGUCAGAAGAAAAUGACGACGAGACUAAUUUUAUUCCGACUCAUGAAUGGCAAGUCGUUAAAAAAGGUCAAAAAAUCCCCAAAGGUCUGCACGUUAGGGUAAAUUUAGAGAAGGGUGUAACGGAAGCGAAACUUCUAGACGACGACCAUAAAUCAAAAACCCAGGCCCUGUUACCUGUCGAUGUGGGCGACGACGAAGAAUUCGUCCUCGAUCGCGAAAUGCUAAAAGAAUCACUGAAAAACAUCAAGUCCGAUGACAUACAGAAUUUGAAUCCUUCCGACCCUAACGAACGGUUCAAAUCGUACGAGGAGCUGAAGAUUUCGCUGGCCGAUUUGAAUUUGGCACCAAAACAGGAUUCGGAAGUGAUUGCCGAUUUGCUGGUCGAUUUCGAAGCGCAAAUGAAGAAGGAGAACAUUAAUCUCGAAAAGGUGUUGAUUAUAAUCGAAGAUCUGGAUUAUUUAUCGCAUCAGAUCGACAACGCGAUUGAAUUCGUGCGACAGGAUGGUUUCAAUAAAAUCGUCUAUCGUAAUUUCAACGAGACCGAUCCGGAAAUCAAGCAGAUGACUCUCAAAUUGUUCGGGUCUCUGGUACAAAAUAACGGUAAAGUACAGAUCUAUUGUCUGGAAUCUGGAUGUCUGUACAAGUUGUUACGGCUACUGGCCGUUGAACAAAACGAAAUCGUCAAAUCCGCUGGCAUUUCUGCCCUGGGAUCGUUGUUGAGGCGUUUUCCCUUGGCCCAAAAGAGUUUCAUAGAGCAAGGAGGAAUCGCGGUCCUGUCCAAGUCGUUUGAAAACGAUACUAACAAAAUACAAAUCAAAAUUGCCACUCUAAUUAGUGAUUUGUGGAUUGAAAACGAGGAAGGACGCCAACACGAAAAUGAAACCGUCAACAGUCAAUACAAACUUGUAAAUUUUAAAGACAUUCUUUUGGAUAACAACUGGUGCGAAAAUAUUGAUAAAAUGUUGCUUACCACAGUUCUGAUGAACAUCGAAGAUCAUGAUCGGAUUGAGAAGUGUCUGCUGGCAAUGAAAACUGUCAAAACUUACUGUCACGUUAUAUUUGACAAGUCGUUACUGCACGAACUAAAAGUCAGAUAUAAAACUUUGGCCAAAUUGGAAAAUUCCAAAAGUGCUGAUUUGAGCAAUCAAGACUACUUUCAAAGUAUCUACGACAUUAUUUCGGAAAUACUCAGCAUAAACAACGCUUCAAAGACUGAACUGUGAAUGUUUGAGUAGUUUGUCAGUCAGUACUUUAUUUUUCAAAGACUGCGUUUGUUUUUGUACUUGUGUGAUGUGACUAGAUAAUUUAUAUGUUAUAUGUGUUUAAAUUAUUGUAAAUAAAUUUGUUUUAGAUA